AUGCCAGUACAAGAUAAAAGUGGUAAAUUACUGGUAAAUUCAAAAGAUACCUUGAAACGUUGGCGAGAAUAUUUUCACGAAACUCUCAAUGUAACAACAUCAAUUGAUCAAGAUUUAAUUGAUCAAAUUCAAAUACCGACUCUUUCAACAACUGAAGAGCGUAGACAAAAUGCACCUAUCUCUAUUGAAGAGGUGAGGAAAGCAUUAAAACAAAUGAAAUCAAGAAAAGCUCCCGGUAGUGAUGAAAUCACAGCUGAUAUUUUAAAAGCGGGUGGUGAACCAGUAAUACAAUGGCUUUUCAGCUUCUUCACUGAUGUAUGGGAAAACGAGCAGAUGGCGAAGGAAUGA